GCAUCAUUCUCAGGCGGGUGGCGGCCCUCGCCGCCGCGGUGCGGGGCCUCGGGGAAUCGGCCCCGAGCUGGGCGUCGAGCUGGCCGGCCAGCCGAGGAAGCCAGGAAGAGGAGGCGGGCCGGAGGGACGAGGAAGGAGGAGGAGGAGGAAGGAGGAGGAGGAGGAGGACACGGGGCACGGUCGUCUCCAGCGCUUCGCUGCGUCGGCCGUGCUCCCUCGGCUCUGUGCGGCUGGCCGCAGGGGGCCGCCAGGGCGGGGCCUCCCCUCCGCGGGGGAGGCCCGCGGCCGGCCGCAGGCCCUCCGGGCGGGAGCCAUUGGGCAGGACGGCGCGGAGGCUGCUGCAAGGCAGUGCCGAGCGGGAUUUUGCCUUGCGUGCGCUUGAGACCAACCGAGUCCGCGUGCGCUCAGCCUCCGACGCGUCCGUCGCGACUGUUAACCCCCGAGGGGGCAGCCUGGCUCACCGGGCCGAGGCGCCGCCGAGAGCCUUCACCCCUGCGGGGCGUCCUCCUCGGACGCCCCGCAGGGUGGUCUCGGGAGGGGGGGGCAGGGACCGGGCUGCGGGCGUCACCUUCAACAAAGGGACACACUUAAAAAUAAACGACAUGCUCUUGCUGCACCGAAUUGCAUGUUUGUCUUGCCCGGUUCAGCUGGCUGGCGCCGAGUAGUCUCUUGAAAAAGUUAAGCUGCCACUCGACCAAGCUAGUAUACUCGGGAUCAGCCUAGUCCCAACGCGGCUUGUGAUCCCAGACGUCCAGCGUCCAGACAAAAACCAAGACUGGGACAAGACUACUCUCCCGGACGUCCAGAGUCCAUUUCUCUCCGC